UUUUGAUUUUGCUGCUAUCGAGCAUUUUUACGUGACUGUAUGGGCUCCAGCAUAAGCACUCGUGGUUAGGAAGAAAAAGGAUCUAUGUAGAGUUUUUCUGGAGGUCCGAAAAUUCAAAUAAAAUCCUCUUGUUGAAUGGUCUUUGAUUCUUCGCCCCAGAUGAUUGAAAAGGUAGAUCCCUCCGAUGGUGCCGACUCCGUUCGAUCAUGAUGAUAUUACUUCACAAAACAGGCGACAUUGGAAGACGUUUUACGAUGUGUAACUGGCGUAGCCAGUUCAUCAAGCGACAUAAUUUACAAAAGGAAAAACAAAAACUACGAUUGAAUGUCAAGAUUUUUUGUUGUGGUUCACAAUCAUGAGCAAAAACCGAGCAGCAGCAGAAAAUGACACUCAAAUCGUGAAGGCACCAGCACAUCAGCAGGCACUAGGUUCUACUACCCCAGCAUGUUGAGGCAGCGAGGGCGGUGAAGAAUAUUUAUCGAGGACGCCGCACCACGACGGACCCGACGACCCUGCUCCUGACACCCAGCAUCUAGCUUUUGUAGUAGUAAGUACCCAUCUCCCAUUGUUGUAGUAAAAAUGGCGAAAGCCAGCACCAAGGACCGCAAGCGGUCCAGGAGCCGAUCCGACCGCGACCGCAAAAGAUCAAGAAGUAAGAAGGACAGGAAAAACGACGACAAGAAAGAAAAGGACGUGAACAAAAAGAAGUCCCGAAGCCGCGAUGUUGACAAAAAAGAGAAGGACGUGAAAAAGAAGUCCCGAAGCCGCGACCGGGAGCGACGCGGAAACAAGGACAAGAAGGAUGACAUUAUCCCGUGCAAAAGUAGUAUUUCGUUUCGUAUGAAAUUGCAUAACUAGUGCGUGACGGAUACAGAUAAUGUAUCUGACUUAAUCUGAACGUGGACCUCAUGUGGUCCCACUUUUUUUUUUGGAAAAAAAUUGCAACCCACAGCUUCAUCAUCGAUCUACUAGCGCGAAGAAGUUACUUUCGCAGUGCAUAAGAGAGGACAAGAAGAAGUCCCGCAGCCGCGACCGGGAGCGGGAACGAAGAGAGCGGGAGAAGAAAAAAUCCAGGUCGCGUUCCCGGAGGCGAGACCGGGAGAAGGAGAAAAAGGAGAACAAGUCUUCGAAGAGCACCGAGAAAAAGGAGCUCAUCUCGUUGCCGAAAAAGUCCAACUGGGACGUGGCGGGCGUCUCGGACCCGACGCAAAGGAAGGGCUUUGUGACGAACGACGUGACGGGAAACUACAUGCGGUCUGACAUCCAACUCUCGCAAACCUCCCUACCCGUUCCCGAAGCGGGCGGAAUGGUCGUGAAAAUGGGACUCCACGGACCGAUCUCCGUACACGUGCCGUCGGCAACGCAAACGGGGGGAGGAGCAUCUGCUUUGCCGAUAUGGAUUGCGUGUGAAACGUGCAGAGGCGCAUCAAACUGGCUUACAGCUUGUUCACCGAUAAACAUAUCAUGCAGGUUGGUGCAUAAAAUAGAUCAUGACAUAGAUAGGUGACUGCCAUUAAAAAGUUGUACCACUGUAGAGGAACUUUUGUACAGAUUUUGCAUAAGAAGUACUUGUUCUCAAUUUUUAUCUUCUACGAGGAACAAAGUUGGAAAAGCCACAGCGUCCAAAUGACAACAUAGCGCUGCGAACAACAUGCAUCUCUAGCAUUUAUAAUUCUACUUCUUCUACACAUCAAAGGGUGGAACUAUCGAAAUCGAAACAGAUGCAAGCAAAAAUCGAUUCCUCCUGCACUUUUCCAUCUGAUUCUUUGUAGGAUCUACUUCAACUUUGACAGGGUCUGCUGCCGCGAGUGGGUCCACCUCCACGUCUGCAGGCGGCGCCGCGGGCGUGCACGCCCAGAAAGUGAAUAAGGCUUUCAUGAGCAAACCGAAUUACGACAACGACGAACUGAAGUCCCGGGUGCUCAUAGUGGAAAACCUGAAUCCCAUAUCGCGAGAAAAAAAGCGUUACAGUUACGACGCAUCGUGUUGCGGGACAAGCAAUGCAGAGAAGUUAAAACAACCUUUGUGAUGCAGAAAAUAAAUCCUUCUUGUCUUGUGAGCGAGCCUCGUGGCAUGCGCUGUUUCCAUUUAUGAUCCCAAUUUCUGGAUGACUGUAUACUUUUAUCAGUCGUGCAGCGAAAGUUCGCGUUGCUGAAGUUGUUGCAACAAAAAAUGCGUUACUGUAGCAGUACUUUUUUCUCGGGAUAUCCCAGAACCAUCGCGACCAACCUCAUGACGUUCGUGAACACGUAUAAGCUCCUACAUAGUAGCUUAUUUUCAAUCAUUUUGAUCAAUCUUGUCGGUGUGGAAGUGGUUUCACUUUCAUCCGCAUGAAAGAAAAGACGAGUAGAUACUUGAGAGCAUUAUACGCGUCUACACUCGAAAUAGUCUUCUCAUAAUUUCAAGCACCUCAGCAGACUUUCCUCAUCCUCAAAAACCAAAAUAUCCAACCACAGCUUCAUUCUUGCCGUGACGAAAAAUCAAGCGAACCUCGCCUCUUUGGAGACCCAAGUGUCCAAUUUCAAGCCGGUGUACGACUGCGAAGUGGAUUACAACAUGAAUCCGGGGGGCGCCGCGAGGGCGAAGCUGUACUUUCGGUCGUUCGAGGGCACGCAAGUCGGGCUGAACGUGCACGGGAUCGAGUACGAAGGGGCGCAACUGUGGGUGUACCGGCCGGGGAACGAGUUCGAAACCUCGGACGUGUAUCAAAGGGAGUUGAAGAAGGUUAAUAUCGAAAUCGAGAAGAGAAACAAGGAAAUCGAGAAAGCCAAUGCAGCGGCGCGCAAAGCCGCGGCUGCAGCUGCGGCGGCGGAGAGGAAGGAGGAACUAGAAAGAGCAGGGAGCAGAGGGGAAGCAAAGAAAAUCGACGAGCAGGCCGAUAAGGACGGGAGUAAAAUGGAAGUUGACGAGGAACAGGGAGAUGGCGCGACGAAGGCGAUUUCUAGUGGUGACAAAGAUCAUCUUCAGGCCCAAACCGCGGCCCCCGUAAUUGGAGCUGCAGCCACCUCACCGGUAGCGAAGGCGAUAAACGCGAAUACAACUACCGAGGAGCAGGGCAACAUGAAAAACCUUGCCGCAGCAGGAGGCGAGGACCCGAAACUUUCCCCGUCGACUGACAACAACCCGUUUACGCCCGAAAAAGUGAUAGCGGAAAAAGACGAGGAUUUACCGAACAAAGAUCAGAACAAGCUAUCCCCCCAAAAAUUAUCCCCGACCAAGAACGGUGUUGAAAACAAGAAGCCACUAGGAGAACAAGUAGCUCCUGACGUUGUACUAGAAGUGAUAGACGAGAAGGAUCAGAACAAGGACCCCAACAAGACGUCUUCGCCAAUCAAGCUCCCGUCAGAAUCGAAACUCAUCGACCCUCUGAAUCAAGAGAAGAAACAAGCCGCGGAAGUUGUAAAUCGUGAGCAGAUACUAGGAGUAAGUAGUGAAAAUAAUGACGCCAGCAUGAUCAACAAACCAGAACUUCCAAAAAUACAGCGGCUCGAAUCCUUGGUAGCCACUCUCCCGCCCACCCACUUUGUGCUACGGCAGGACCAGUUGACGAAUGCGAGUCUGACGUUGUACAAACUUUUGGGCCUUCCGGACCCGACGGAGGAAGUGAAAAAACGCCGAGCAGGAAAACUGUCCUUCCUCGAAGCGCCAGUUCAAAUGACGGAAUCGCAGCUCAGGGAGCUGUUCCUACAGUUCGGGGAACUCAAGUAUACUUUUUACUUAAUAAUAAAGAAUAUAACAAAGCCGACUUAAUGUUGGGGUUUGUCUUUGACAAUGACAACUCAAGAGCUCGUCUCACUUUAGUAGAGGAGCUCGCAAGGGAGAAGAACUACAGAGUGCUUCACCAGGCAAGUGGUCUGAAAUAAAAAGAUAAACAUCAUAAACAACAGGUAUUUCGAGCUGAUGGUUCAUCGGGACGGUGGGUCAAAAGGCUACGGGAUGCUGGAAUACGAACCCAACGCAGAAGUCGACUUCGACUUGGUUUUUCAGGUAUGAAUAUGAUACACUGGAAAUUCGUCUUGCUCUUUUGAAUGUCAAAAAAGAUGUUGAACCCUCUGUUAACAGAGGGGAGGUCAUCUUCUUCAUGAUGUACCCUAAUUGUAAUUGAUUUAUUGCCAAGGUAAGUUAUGUUGACCAUUAUCGAAGAACGAACACAUUCACAUCAUCCUCAUCCAUUACACAUCCAACAGUGUCUGAACGGUUUUGUUCUGGAGGGCAAAGCGCUGAAGGUCCAGCACCUGAUGGCCCAGGCCACCCAGGUGACGCAGCAAUCGUCCCUGGCCGCCCACCUGAACACCAUUCAGCAGCCGCAGACGGUGACCGCGAAACUGUUCAAGAACCCCCUGGUGUCCCACCGGCUGGCGGAGGGCCUGCAGACCGGCAAAUUGCCGUCCACCGUGGUGCAGUUGCUGAACUGUGUGUCCGAGACGGAUCUGUUGGACGAGAAGGAUUACCAGUCCGUGAAAAACGACAUCACCUCGGUCGCGAAAAAGUACGGGGUCAUCGAGGAGGUGCGGAUCCCGCGGCCCUCCACGUCCAACUUCGCGGACACACUGGCGAACGGGGUCGGCAAAGUCUUCGUCCACUACGCCAACGUGACGAGCGCGCGACGGUUCCAGGCGGAGGUAAACGGGCGGAAAUUCGACAACCGCGUCGUCUGCGCGGCGUUCUACCCGUCGACCAGGUUUGCGCAGGGGCUGUUCACCCUGGACAGCGGGACGGCAAGGUAAUUGGGGAAGUAAUGGAGCAGGCGGUGGACUACCUGUGUGUUUGUACAAAAACUACCCCCUCGCCGUCCCACGAUCAUGCGUAUGAAUUUUUCAAAAAACUACGCAGAACGAAGAACAAAAUGAACCAAUUUGUAGAUACCCAAAGAAAAUAAGCCUGAAGGUACUUCUUAUCGCAAAUCAAACCCUUUAUUUUGAGAAUUCAGUGUAUCAGCGACCAGUUGUGGAAGUGGAAAACGUCGAAUCGAACGAAUGUAUCCGUAUUGACAUGAUCAGCGCACGCGCAAGUUUGAAUAUGAAGGAAAAAUUCUCUCGCAAAAGUGUACGUUUGAGUUUGUACAUGGAUGAAGAU